CAUAUAUCUAAACCUGCGCACAACCACCAUGUUAGCCAAAAGAUUGAGCCGUACGGUCAACCAUUUUGUCCGAAGGAAAACGACUUAUGUGAAUAAUCCUAUAACUUACAAGGCUUUGCAUGCAAAUGCUCCUUUACCUAGAUGUCAUAUCAUUGAACCUCCUCGUGCUACAGUGCCUGAAGCUGUUUCUAAUAUUAUUGCCUCUACCCCAUUCAAUCGUAUUCCCAGACCCCAGCGUCACGUCUUUAACUGUCUUGUCCAAAAUGAACCCGGUGUUCUCUCUCGUCUCUCUGGUAUUUUGGCUGCACGUGGCUUUAACAUCGACUCUUUAGUUGUUUGUGCUACUGAAGUCGAGAAUCUUUCUCGCAUGACCAUUGCAAUCAGAGGAAACGAUGAAGUUGUUGAGCAAGCUAGACGCCAAAUUGAGGAUAUUGUUUCAGUAUGGGCUGUGUUAGACUACACCGGUACUGAUAUUGUUGAGCGUGAAUUGCUUUUGGCUAAAGUAUCCCUAUUGGGUCCUGACCACUUCCAACAGCAUUUUGAAAGAGAAAUACCAGGAGUUACUGGUGAAGAAACUGAACAGGCUUCUUCUUCUGUUGACAAUUCUAUGUCUCCAACUGCUGCUUUGCAACUUAGAGCAAACCAGCUUUCUGCCAUCAAUCAAGUAACUCAUCUCUUUAACGGUCGAGUUUCAGACAUCUCAACUGAAAGUCUCAUAAUUGAAUUGACUGCUAGUCCUGAUCGUGUUGAUAACUUUUUGUCUUUACUCCGUCCCUUCGGUGUGUUAGAAGCAAGCCGUACUGGUACGACCGCCAUGGCUCGCUCUCCUCUUUCCAACGUAGUACCAGAUAAAUACACUGAAGAUGCUGAUAAUGAUGAAGUUGUCGAUUUGCCACCUGGCUAAAUAAAGAAUGCUUGGUAGAGAGUAGUUAUUUCUCUUUUGCAUUCUUAUCCAUCUUUGGUUUUUUUUUUUGACUGUUCAUUUUUUUUGCAGAUUAGUUUUGAAUUUGUGUCCUAUACUAAACUGCAGCGGUGGUACUUAACUAUUUUGGCUCACAAACAAUACGACAAUAUCAAGUUAGUCUUGGAACAUGAAAAUUUUUCUAUAUUGUGAAUAGGAAAUAGUUGUGAAAAAUGGUUGGAACAUGUAUAUUUGUUACUUCUUGACGAAUCAUAAAAUGUAAUUUACUAUUUAAAAUUUGAACCUUUACC